AUCCUUGUGGGCAGCACCCAAUUGCCGGCCUGGCUAAUGGCGUGGUGCCUGAGCCGGUGGGCUGGCGGUGCCCUCUGGCGCUGCGCCCCCCGAGCCGGCAGGGGCAUCUCCUUGGGUGUCCCCGAAACGGCCCCGGUGAAGACGACGCUCCCGCCCCCUAAAGUGGUGGAUCGGUGGAACGAGAAGAGGAGCCUGUUUGGGGUGUACGACAACAUCGGGAUCCUGGGGAACUUUGAACGUCACCCCAAGGAUCUGAUUAAGGGGCCCACGUGGCUCAGGGGCUGGAAAGGGAAUGAAUUGCAGCGAUGUAUCCGUAAGAAGAAAAUGGUGGGAGAUCGCAUGUUUCUGCAGGACUUGCACAACCUGAACAAGAGAAUCAGAUACCUCUACAAACAGUUCAAUAGAAAGGGGAAGCUCCGGUAGAGGAGAAGCCAUAGAAAUCCCCAUCCCCAACCUGUCACCUUUCAGGACACUUCGGGUAGGGAACUGCUCAGUGUGGAGAAAGGCCUUUGUAAUGGAUUCCUAAUAAAGUUGCUUCACUAGGCAUUUGCCUUUUCUUUA